AUGGCUUUAGCAAUUUCUCGCGAAGACACGCAGGUCUUACUGCACCAGAAAAAUGUUUUGCAAGAGUCCACUCUUGAUAAGUACAGAAGCGCUGGUCAGAUCACGCAAACGGGACUGAAGUUUGUCACCAAGUUGAUCAAUGACUCAUACCACACUGGAAACUCGCGUCGUUUGGCCAUACAUGAAAUUUGUUUGCUUUCCGACAGUUUUUUGGCCGCGUGCUUGGAAUCGAGCUAUAAGAAUAAGGUUGCAGAGAGAGGAAUUUCCCACCCAACAACUAUCGACGUGGAUGAAGUGGCUUCUGGCUGGUGUCCAGAGGUGGACGAUGUCGAACAAUUGCGCUCUGCGAACAAAAACCUCUCUGAAUCGGGCUCCACCACCGCGGGUUGCCAAAGAUGUGUUGAAGGAUACUUGGCUCCAGGCGAUGUCGUGAAAAUUACUCUAGGUGUCCACAUUGACGGAUACACUGCGCAAGUUUCGCAUUCGGUGGUUAUCUACCCGACCGAAGACAGCGAAAACGGCAGCAAGAAACCUGCAGGUCCCCUCUUGGGAGGAAAAGCCGAUGCCUACGCAGCUGUUCACAUCGCAAUGGAAACAGUCGUGUCGCUUCUAGCCUGUGCUUUGACCCCAGAAAAGAUCCCUCGUUUCCUCACUAACAAUGAUCAGGUCACAGGCCAUCUGAUCCGUACCGUCGUCGACACCAUUGCAGCCUCUUAUCACUGUACUGUUGUUCCAGGAUCCAAAGUUCGUCGUGUAAGAAGGUUUUUGGCGGGUCAAAACGAGGGUAUUGUUGCGGAAAGAGAAUACAAAGGUGUUGCGUGGUACGAAUCGCACCAGGAGCUGGCCCUGUUGCAGAAAUCCGCCGAGUCCACGCAAGAUUUGGUCAAAGUACAACCCUCGAACCGUCACAACUCCACUGCUGUGCCGACCGAUGAGUUUGCUGUUACUCCGGGCGAAGCAUACGCGAUCGACAUUCAGAUGGCGCCUUUGGACGGUGUUUCUGCUGGACUAGUAACGCUGGAAAACGCCGACAAUUUCUCCGGAAAAUCGCACAGAUCUGACCAGUUAAUUGCCAGACCUGGUGCCUACGUCAGAGACUUUGCCCACUCAUAUACUUUGAAGCUGAAAACGUCUCGACAACUUCUGGGAAAGAUCGACAGACAGGGUGUGUACCCAGUCAAACUCUCAUACAUGAGUGACACUUUCCCCAUCGAUGUGACAUCCGCAGAAACCUCUCAGAUGGAAGCCAUCUCAAAGGAUCUAAAAUCUUAUAGACUCGGAAUGAGCGAAAUCUCCAACAACUUCCUUGCCAUUCCAAACCCCAUCCGUAUUGCCAAAUGUAUUCCUUGGGAGAAAAUUCUAAACACAGCCAACCCAGCCGGCUCGCACGGAAUCGACGCCACCGAACGUACUCUACCUGGACAGGAGCUUCCUCUGCCCCGCUUAGGAAUAUCAUCUCUAAAGCUUAAAUCACUGCUGAAGCAUGCAGUUUCGGUACCAGUUGCUCGCCAAAGUGCAACAGUUGUGCUUUGUACGGCCGAUGUUGUUUCCACUGGCAAGUCGGAGCUUCUGAGACUAACGGGUGGCAACAAAACUUGCCAGCCCAGCUGGAUCCAUUCCGCCUAUCAAUUAAACAAAGAAGACUCUAUCGUGCAAGGUAUUUUCCAGCUAGCCGAGCUUUCAAAGGACAAGAGAUUCGGUCUUUCGAUCAGAGAGACUCAACCUCUCAAGAAAGAAACCGCCACAUCGGGAUUCAUGUCGGCUCCUUCUACACAAGAUGUAGAAAUGGCAUAG